AAAUUCCUCCCCUUAUUGACUACUGGAUAUAUUUAUUGUUGUGGCGUGUGGAGGUUCGUUUUUAUUUUUUUUUUUUGUAUCGGAUGUUUUAGUUUUGAGGUUGGUCUUUGGGUUGUCUCUUAUUCUUUGGUCUUAUCCGUUGUUGAUAUUUUUAGUAUAAAUCAAAGAAGAAUAUUUAAAUAAAAAAUGUUCAACACCAACAAUAAAUCAACACCCUUAAAACGCAGAAAAUUAACUUUGAAGCCGAAUGAAUUAAAAGACGAAGAAUUUGCAUCUCCUGUGAAGAGAAGAGCAAAAAUGAAACGAUUCUGAAGACGAAGAAGAAUUUGAUGAAGACGACAAAAAUGAAGAAGAAAUUGGAGAUGAUGAGGAAGAUGAAGAAAAAUUGAAGGAAGAAGAGAACAACCACCAACAACAAAAUGAAGUCAACAAGCAAUUCAAAAAUUGAUGAAGAAUUAUUUCAUCAAAAUUCUUCAACAACAACAAGUUCUUCAUCAACAAACAAAGUUUUUAUUUCAACGCCCAAUGAAUCAUUCAUUUCUCCAUUAAAACAACAAUGGAAAAUAUGGGAAAUGUCUUGAAGGAAGCAGGAAUUAUUGAGGUUGAACAAUACUGUUAGAUGGCCGAUGAUGAUGGUGGUCUCUUCAAACACAAUUGGCUUGUAUUUGGGGCAAUUUCAGUUGCCCUUCACUCCUCCCCCUCUCUUUCCAUUUUGCGGACAAAGCUUGCUGUGUUUUAAUCCAACAACAUUCUUUAUUUUUUUCAUUCAGUGCUUUGUAUGCUUUGCAACCAAAGAAGCUGCUGCAUCUGGACUUCAUCAAUCUGGUUUUGUCUCAAAACCAGUAGAGGCGGAUGUGGAGCUCUCUUCUCCAACAUCAAAAGCACAAGUCCCCUUUG